UGCUGCUGCAAACGUUUCCUAGGUAACGAGGUCCAUAACCUCCAUCGAUUAAAUGGAAUGGACCAAAGUUUGCUUGAAAAACGAGAACGAAACGAGAGACCGCCGGUCGUUGGAAACAGAACUUUUUAAACUUAGACCCAUCAUCCACCGAGGCUUCGGGAGGCUCGCUUUAAAAAUAAAUCAGGACAAGAGAAGAGAUGCAAAUAUAGAAAUUGUGGGAUCGCAUCUCGCUCCGUACUUUUCCAUUUCUCUUGGUCUUUCUUCGUUCGUUUCCCCCAUCGAGGGGGAGAGCGGAGGAGUGCGCGCGGAUAAAGCUGCGACCUUGAGGGUUAGAGCCCGGGGCACCGCGAGGGCGUUGAACGUUGCUGCUUCGCCGCAGCAGAAAAAUCGAAGACUCCACGCCACACACGACGACCAAGACCAAGGAGAAGACGACCUCUUCGAUAAAUUCUCUAAUCCUUUGCGAUAG